UUUGUUGACAGCUGCAGCCAACAGCAUCUGUCUGCUGGGUCUGCCCUAUCAUUCCAAGAUGGCGGACCUCCUAGGUUCAAUCUUAAACUCGAUGGAAAAACCCCCAACAGUCGGCGACCAGGAAAGCCGACGAAAGGCGCGAGAGCAAGCAGCAAGACUCAAGAAGAUGGAAGAACAGGAGAAAAGAAAGAAAGCAGAGUUUAGGAAGAAGAUGGAGAAAGAGGUGUCCGAUUUCAUCCAAGACAGUUCACAACAGAAAAGAAAAUACAAUCCUAUGGGCAAGAUUGAAAGGAGUAUAUUGCAUGACGUAGCAGAAGUGGCUGGUCUGACAUCUUUUUCUUUCGGGGAGGAUGAAGAGAGCCGAUAUGUCAUGCUUUUUAAGAAGGAGUUUGCUCCGUCAGAUGAGGAGCUGGAGGCCUAUCGCAAAGGAGAGGAGUGGGAUCCAAAGCUGGCAGAGGAGCGACGCAGACUAAAAGAGCAGGCUGCAUUGGAGGAAGCAGCAUCCAGUGAGACAAAGAACUCACAAGCAUGUCCCAACUCCAACUACAGAGACAAGUACAGUCACCUGAUUGGCACCUCGGCUGCCAAAGAUGCAGCUCAUACGCUGGAGGCCAACAGGGCAUACGGCUGUGUGCCGGUGGCCAACAAGAGGGACACUCGUUCCAUAGAGGAAGCCAUGAAUGAAAUCAGAGCGAAGAAGCGGCAGAAGAAAGAGGACGACACAGGGGCGCACAGCAGCAGUUCUUGAGUCUCCUCCGUUUUUGCUCUCUACCUGCUGUGUGUGUGUGUGUGCAUGUGUGAGUGCAUUAUUGUGUCCCAUUCAUCCUGUAAUGCAAUAUCCUGUAUGUCAGAUAUUUAAAUCUCUAUGACAAGGCAUGAGUUGAAUAUGUAUGCCACUCUCUGAGAGAGCCUUUGCUUACAUCUGGAGUGGAGGAUGCUCAGGUAUGUCUGAUUGAGGACAUUAUUAUACAUCUGUGUUUAUACAUGUGGAAUUCAGUCUGGUUUUUACAGUCUAAGUAAUUGGUUUAAAAUAAUAAUAAUAAUAAUAAUAAAACAAAUUGUAGUUGAACUGGGUGUUCAACUACAAUUGAACUGGGUGUUCAACUACACCUGACAUAGAUUUUCAGAUGGCAUUUGUUAUGCAUUUACAGUCCUAACUGGACAUUUUAUCAUUAAAUGUAUUGAGCCUUGGUUCCACUGGGUUAAGAAGGUGCUGAAAAAACUGAAAAGUCCCUCCAACAAUAUUUCCAAUAUCCGUGGCAGGUUUAUGAAGGGGAAUGGGAACGCCAUCUCUUGACCAGCUUUUGGUUUGUUGAUUUUUUUUUUCUUUAUUCCCAUCUUUUGCGAAACUGGAAAUGUAUAAUUUUGUCUAUCACAACAAGAAACCCAUUUUAGAAAAAUACUUUUUGGAAAUGUGUGAUUAAGUCUGCGAGUUUCUUUGUUUCUGUACAUCUGCACUGACUAUGAUUUUUUUUCUGUUACUCCAGUGUGUAAAUGUUUUAUUAUGAAGCCGAGUGAUGGCUUACAAAAGGCAUCAUGGUGUGGAGUACCAGUCUUGUUGGGAUUUGGGCGGCUAAGUUUUAUUCCAGGUCUUAUGUCAACCAUUCAGUCGAGCAAAAGUUGAUCAGCAUCACAAUGUCUAUUUUAACAUGUUUGCACAGUUUUAUCCCCAUGUGUAUUAAUAAAUGGAGAUUAGUAUAAGGCCUGUGUUUUGAAUAUGUCUUUUAUUUCUGCAUAAAAUGUUAAAAAUGUUUUUA